AUAACAUUUUAUGCUAGCCAGCUAACUAACUAGCACACAGAGCUAUCACCUAGCUUUUACUUCAUUCAUUCUACAUUAUUGCUCUUCAGUUGCUCGUGAAGAAGAGAAAAAGUAUACUGCUGUGUCCUGACACCUGCACUCGAUUUAAAAAUAUUACUUCAGUGCCCAAGGCAAUGUGUGUGGUAUUUGGUAGCUUAGCAGAGUUAGCUUAGAUUGGUUAGCUUAGCUUGCUAACGUUACCUAGCAGCUGGGGAGGCUCCCUGUCUACUCUUCCGGACUUUAGUGAAGUUAGCUAGCUAUCUGUGGAUUAGUGACAUGUCAUCGACGUAGACUGAACCCUCGGUUCUUUGGUGGUGUUGUUUCUGUUAACUUGGUAAAAUGUUUUACCUGGUAUGCAAAGUGCAGAGGAUCAGUGCCAGCAGUAGACUGCUCUUUUAACUGUGUGACUUUCCAAUCAAGAUCCAGCCAGCGAGGCACUACCACUAUGGACCAAGAGUAUCAGCGUCGCCUGCUUCGCCAGAUCAACAUUCAGAACGAAAACACCAGCCCCAUUGUGAGUCCUCAUUCUCACACAACUCUCGUUUUUAUUACAUUACUGGGAACAUUUCUGAAGUGGUAUUAAAGGGAAGGUGUGUCUCAGCUAACCAAAGUGGUGCAAAGAUGACCAUACUAAUAGGAUAACAAUGUUAUUUAAAAAGGGCACUGGCACUUGUUGGUUCUCCAUUUACCGGUCAUGAUUCAUCAUGUUGUCAUUGUACAGAAGGUGACAGAGGUGAUGCGCAACCUGACGCUGAACAACUCCCCAAUGUCCUCUCCCAGUAAGCAUGGUGACAGGUUCAUCCCAUCCCGUGCAGGGGCCAACUGGAGCAUCAACUUCCACAGGAUCAAUGUAUAUGUCACUUAAACCUCUUUAAUACCCUAUGAAUUAUGAUGCAUUACCUCACUAUAGCUUAAUUUGACACAUUUAGUCAGCUCAUGGAGAAAUGUUUAUGUGAUCUGUGUUUUUAGGAGAAUGAGAAAUCACCAACUCAGAAUAGAAAAACAAAGGAUGCGACAUCUGAUAGCAGCAAAGGUAAGUAACGUGACAAACUAUGCCACAUCAGAGGAAAUUACUAACAUUUAAGAACGACCUACAUAGUAGUUAAUGUAACUGGGGUUCUGUAUUAGUGGAUGGGCUGGCCUACUCUGCUUUGCUGAAAAAUGAGCUGCUCGGAGCAGGCAUCGACAAAGUUCAGGACCCCCAGACAGAGGACAGACGGUUGCAGCCCUCCAUGCCGGAAAAUAGGAGUCUCUUCAGUGUAAGAAUGUUUUCCCUACAGAAUCUAAUUUAUUUCCAAGCUACAUGGAGUUAUUCUGGAGCAAGGUCUGACCCAAAUCUUUACCUUUAUGUGCAGUACUCUCUCAGUGCUAAGAGCACAACAGAUGAGGACAAUGGCAUCUCUCCCUACUCAUUGUCACCUGUCAGUAGCAAAAGGUAAAUUAAUAAGUUGGUAUCUCUGUAAAGAUGCAGGGUGGUUACUGUUAACUUCAAAUCAAUGUUUUUUCAUUUGGUUUGUUUUCUUUCUGUGCAGUCAGAAGUUGCUACGGUCACCCAGGAAGCAGACUCGUAAAAUCUCAAAGAUCCCAUUCAAGGUCUUGGAUGCUCCAGAACUACAGGAUGACUUCUACCUCAACCUUGUGGACUGGUCUGCUUUAAAUGUGCUGAGCGUUGGCUUAGGUACAUGCGUCUAUCUCUGGAGUGCCUGCACCAGCCAGGUAUUGCUUGUCUGACUAAUACAUGUGCAUAUUAUUUAAUUACACAUGGUGUUCAUUUCUAUACAAACACUCAGAGAGCAUUGAUUUGUUUUUCCAGGUGACUCGUCUGUGUGACUUAUCAGUGGAGGGAAAUUCUGUUACGUCCGUGGGCUGGUCAGAGAGAGUGAGUUCAACUCCAUAUAAUCUGCCGUUUGUAAAUACCACCAUAACACUUUUUACUUGCUCUAGGUGUUUUUUGUGUGUGUGAUUUGCUGACUCCAAUGCUGUGCGUUUCUGAUUCAGGGUAAUCAUGUGGCGGUGGGGACUCACAAAGGCUACGUACAGAUCUGGGAUGCAGCAGCUGGCAAAAAGCUCUUUACACUAGAGGGUCACACUGCUAGAGUUGGUGAGCACUAAGGGAAAAAACACCCUUAUGUGGAACUUCCCAAUUAUAGAUGUAGCAUACUGGUUGUUCAUUUCAUCGAUCUCUUUCCCCUCACCAUUCCAAUGUCUGAUCUUCCACAGGUGCACUUGCAUGGAACGCAGACCAGUUGUCAUCAGGUAGUCGAGACCGUAUGAUCCUGCAGAGGGACAUUCGCACACCACCUCUCCAGUCUGAACGCCGGUUGCAGGGUCACCGGCAGGAAGUGUGUGGUCUGAAGUGGAGUACAGACCACCAGCUGCUUGCCUCUGGGGGCAACGACAAUAAGGUAUAAUAGCAUAUAUCAUGAUUCUGUGUCCAGAUCCCUCAGAUAUGGCUUUUAACAUAGUUAGAUUAGCCAAGUUUACAACAUAACAACCUCACCAACCAUGCAUGUCUGUUCUGGUUAUGGCCUGCAUUUCUCUCAGCUGCUUGUGUGGAACCACUCCAGUACGGCACCAGUGCAGCAGUACAUGGAUCACCUAGCUGCAGUCAAAGCCAUCGCCUGGUCCCCCCACCAGCACGGGCUGCUGGCGUCUGGGGGAGGAACGGCUGACCGCUGCAUUCGCUUCUGGAACACGCUCACUGCACAGCCACUGCAGUGCAUGGACACAGGCUCGCAGGUCUGCAACCUGGCAUGGUCGAAACAUGCCAAUGAACUGGUACGUACCACUCAGUGUUGUGAUGGUGAUCCUAUAACGUUAUUUAAACCUUUAUGGUCUGAUGGCACUUUCCCUUUCUAUAGGUCAGCACACAUGGUUACUCUCAGAAUCAGAUCCUGGUGUGGAAAUAUCCUGCACUCACUCAAGUAGCCAAGCUUACCGGACACUCGUACAGGGUGCUCUACCUGGUAAGUAACAUUCAGCUAGACAAACAUGUAGCAUGAGUGGUCUUCUCGUCAGUCUUGUUUUAAUGUUCCUAACCUCCUAAUGUUCUGAUAUUGUCUAUCCCCUGCACUAUGUAGGCAAUGUCUCCUGAUGGUGAGGCCAUCGUCACAGGGGCUGGUGAUGAAACGCUACGCUUCUGGAAUCUCUUCAGUAAAACACGGUCAACAAAGGUACUAAAGCGGAGUUGAUUUUUCAAAUCUGAUCUUAAAAUUAUAGUAUAUGUCUAUAUUUUACUUUCUUGUUGUCCUGUGAUUUAAGUUACAUUUUUUCCUCUUUUAUUCAGGAAUCUGUGUCAGUUUUAAACCUCUUUACCAGGAUAAGAUAACGGCAACGCAGGAAUAGACUUUAAUGAUGGAGUGCCUUGAAUUCAUCACAACAUUCAUCAACACAAUGCAAAAUAAUGACCCAACAUGGACACGACAUCUUGUCAUGGAAGAGGAAAGAAUUGUUUUACUUUAUUAAUACUUUGCUCAGAAAGAAGUGAAACUGGACCAUUUUCAGAUAGAAAAUAAUUAGUCCUCAAUGUUUUUAUUAGAUUGUUGUUCUAUUCAUGUACACUUCAAUUUACAGUUAUGCUUUUUCUGUUGGCUUUUUUGUAUUCCAUGUCUAUGUUGAAAGUAUGUGUUAAAGGAGCCUUAAAGUACAAUGUAGAGAAAUUGAUCUACAAUUUGAGUUGGUGUUAUACUCAGGUCUUAUUUUUUUUGACAUUUGAAAUGAUAUAUUUGAAUGUUAUAUAGACUGGGGCAAGUUGUAUAAUGUAAUGGGACAAUCAUGGCAAUCCAUGGCAGUUGUUUUAAGAAAAACAUUUCACUUUUGGAAUGAAAAAAUAGCCAUUAAAUGUGUCAACGCACUACAUUGAAUAUAGUAGGGUGGAGUAAACAAAACAGUAAAAUGUGAAGUGGGCAGUUAAAUUGCUCGAACUCUAGAACAAGAUAUAACAAGAGUAUUGCAAAAGAAAUGUCUGGUGUUUUCCUUUCCACACACAGCUGCUCAUACAUUACAUUUUCUGUGAUUUUUAAAUACACUGAACAAAAAUAUAAACGCAAC